GAAAAAGAAUAUAUACAGGCUUUCGAGCAGCUUCCUCUGUAAGAUGCUGCUCUCGGAAGAAAUCCUACCGGCUUUCUUGGUAUUGAUUUGCAGCAGCAUUAAUUCUGUCCUCACAAUCUCUCAAUCAAAUCUUGAGUUUUAGGUGGGUAGUCCCGCGGAAAAGUAGCCGUUGGAGCGAUCAAAGAAGGAAGAAAGAAAGAAGAUGUUGAAAGUGUUCGGGCGGCAGAAGCAGUCGCGUGCGUUCAAGGAGUACUACUUCGAGUGGUUCAACACCCUAAAGAAAAACCUCCUUCCCCUCCUUCGCCGCUCCAUCGCAGGUGAGUCACCCACCAUCCUCUCCAGCCACGUGGAGAUGCUCCACCAGCACUUCCAAUCCUACUACCACGCCCUAGACGCCGCCGCCACCACAGACCCCACCCAACUCCUCUCCCAGGACUGGCGCAACUCCCUCGAAAAACCUCUCCUCUGGCUUGCCGACCUCCACCCCUUCCUCUUCACCAACCUCGUCCGCUCCUUUCUUCACCAACAAUAUCGCCCCGAGACUGACCAAAACAACCCCCGCCGCCACCUCCCCCUCCCCUUCCCUGACCGUCCAUGGCAGGUAGCUCUUGCAUGGAGCAAUUCCUCUGACUCCCUUACCGCGUGCAUGGACCAGAUCGAGUGCCGCCUCCGCCACAUCGUAACCACCCUCUCAGACCGCCUCAAGUGCGCCGAGAGCGCCUUCAUGGAGUGCGUCGUGGGGAACUGGUUCCAGUGCUGGGAGGAGCAGAAUAUCGCCGCCGCCAAGGAGGCGGUGGGCGCGGACGUUAAGGCGCAUAUGGAAGAGGUGGUGAGCGUGGUUCUUUAUGCGAACCGCGUGAGGCGGAGCGUUCUUGUGGACAUAAUGAGCGCGACCACUGUGUACCAGGCGGCGCUCUUUCUUGAAGGCCUGGCCCAAUUCCUCAUUGGCUUCAGAGAGCAGGACCUCCUCAACGCCGUUGAACAGUGCAAGGUCUUGCCUCACGCCAAACACUCUCGCACUUCCUCUCACUGAUCCAUACUCCACUCUAUCUAUUUCUUUCCCCUCUUUUUUCAUCGUCCCCAUUUAAGCUUCAUUCAAUAAAAUACUUAUAAUUCAUCUUCUU